AUUCAAACCAAUCCCAUUGUUGUCAGAUAGUUCACGAUUAAUCACAGAAUUCAAUAAAUUCUAAGUAAUAUUUGUAAUUAACUAAUUAAACACACUGAAUUGUAAUUAAAAGUAAAUCUGCUGUUGCUACAUUUGACGAGGAAUUUUGUUAACGGAAAUGCCGAGUGCUGGAGACGAACUGAACCGGAAGUGGGAGCGUUGCCGGUUGGAUGCUAUGAUGAAGGCAGGGGGCGGACUACUGCUUGGGAGCCUAGGAUCCCUACUACUCGCCCGUCUCAGGGUCUGGCCCCUCAUCUUCGGCACGGGCCUUGGCUUAGGCCUCGCCUACAUCAACUGCGAACAAGACGUCAACAAGGUGCUAGCCAAAAAGUGAUCUAUGUGUAUGUUCUGGAAUUGGUAACGCCAUCGAGCGAAUCCCAAUAAGUAAAAUAAAACUGUAUUUCAUACACUUGAAA